AGCGCACAACCCAUCACACGCCACGCCACCUGCGCCUAUGUUGAUGCCCGCCACCUCACUGCAUCCCCUCUCACUCGCUUGCUGUUCUUGCCGGCUGGCUUUUGCUGGCUCGCUUGCCAUGUCUCACUCGCCCACUGUCUCUCACCCUCUGUCUCUCGCCCGUUGUCUCUCACCCCGCUGGACGCGACCCAAUCUUUCAAUACAAUGAGAGUUUUUGGAGGCUUUGCGCAUCGCGCGAUUGAGGACAUCAUUUGGAAGAACUACCAUCAUUUUCGUCCUCUCACCUUUGGGUUUGACGCUUGUGCUUCAGGGCUAUCGCAAACAAUCCUGAAGUCUUCCCCGAACCACACAGGUUUAAUCCUCAGCGUUGGAUUGACGAUGCAGGUUGCGCGCGAUAAUCUCCGGUUGAUCUCCAGUUUUUCACUUUUGGCUUUGGCCGUCGAGUGUGUCCUCAUGAAUUGGUCAGUCUUCAUCAAUACGGCUCUCAUCAUGUGGGCUUUCCACUUUUCGGAGAAUCCUGCGGCCAUCAGCAUCACAAUUUUUUCUGAAGCGCCGGCCACGUCAGCAUCUUCAGCAGCUACAGAGGCAGAGGGGUAUGGAGUCAUCAUUAGAGUAGCUACUCAAUGUGUAAACUAGUAUUUCAAUGUUUUGUUUUUCGCGCUUGCCACUGAAAAUUUUCGGGUUCGGUUCGAGUUCGGACCAGAAAAAAACCGAACCGGACCACAGAGAACCGUUCUCUGUGGUCCGGUUCGGGGUUCGAAGAUUUU